AUGUUCUCUGAGUGGACGUACGAGCUUUGCCGGGACGGUUCGAAUGUGACUUCGGAACUUGCCGAUGACCCUGAAACCACCCCUCGUGAUGCUGUCCACCGGCUAUUCAAGCCCCGCAAUGGUCUGUGCGGGAGAUGCCAGCGCGACGAAAGGCACAGGGGAAUUGGACAGCUUGACCUGCAGCAGGCAUAUCUGUGCGGGAAAUGGGGCGCCAAGAGGCCCAGCGAUCUUUUCCUUCAAAUAUACCACGAUGUGCUCUGUACUCUUGACCGCAACCCGAUGGCCGGGUGUGCUUCCCCGGCAUUGCUAGGGAGCUCUGGCGUUGUGCCUUUGACUAUCAUUGCUCCGACUCCAGAUGUCUGUCGCCAUAUGGCAAACUGUAUAGUUCGAGCGGAACAAGAGGUGUUCCUGGCUACAAAUUUCUGGGUUUCAUCCCGUUGCUCGACAAUCAUCACGGACGCUCUCAAGGAGCUCUCCGUUCGUGCUGGUAGACGGGGUACCACCAAAGUGGUUGUUAAGAUAAUUCGCCAGCUCGUUUAUCCCCAAGCCGCCACCGAUGUCCGUGUGCAAAUGCCUCCUCCAGAACAUAUUCCAAACCUUAAGCUCGAGGUGAUGAAUUACCAUCAGCCCAUUCUGGGGACAUUCCAUUCAAAAUUCAUGGUAGUGGAUCGGAAGGUAGCACUGCUUCAAAGCAGCAACAUUCAGGACAACGAUAAUUUGGAAAUGAUGGUUCGACUGGAAGGCCCUAUCGUCGAUUCUAUCUACGAUAUGGCCAUUAUCCAAUGGAAUGCCAAGUUGAGACCGAUGCUUCCCAUGGUUAAUUCGCCAGCGGCGUUGGGACAACCGCCCACUUUUGCUAAUCCUGCUGCGCGAAAAUCCUUCGAGAAAGGGGUGUAUACCGUCCCACAAGAAAGUAUUCGAUCGAAGGAAAUAGAAAAGCGGAACGAGCUUGGUUGCGACCGCGAAGAAUAUCAGCCCGAUAUUGAGUCGGAAGCCGCAUGUAUCCAGGCAUGCCUCAGGCCCCGAAAUUCAGAGAAUAAAGUCGAAAGCGUCACUCGCUACUUGACCUUGAAUCAUUCGAGUCUUUACACACCUCAAAACGUGGCAUUCCUUUCAGCUAUCCGCAACGCUCAAAAGUCCAUUUUCAUUCAAACCCCAAAUUUGAAUGCAGAAUGCUUGCUAGAACCCAUCCUUAAUGCUGUUCGUCGAGGGGUUGUGGUGACCUGCUAUCUUACCUUAGGAUACAACGAUUCAGGACAGCUUCUUCCCUUCCAAAAUGGCAUCAACGAGAUGAUAUCAAAUCGCCUAUACAACUCGCUCAAAUCCGAAAAGGAAAAAUCACGGCUCCAGAUAUACAACUAUGUGGCGAAGGAUCAAACGAGACCUAUUCAUAAUAAGUUCAAAAAACGGAGCUGUCAUAUAAAACUGAUGAUAAUCGACCGGCACGUCGCGAUUCAAGGGAAUGCAAAUCUUGAUACACAGUCGAUUUUCCACUCUCAAGAAACGAAUGUCCUCCUUGAUUCUGCGGAGGUGUGCCAAACUUGGCUUGAAGGCAUCCGCAGAAACCAAAACACGGCUAUAUACGGCGCAGUUAGCCCGCAAGAUGGAUGUUGGCAUGAUCCAGUGACGGGAGGCAUGGCGGAAGGCGCGAUUGGAAUCAACCCCGGAAGGUUCAGUUGGAUAAAGGGGUUUGUGGGGGCGAUCAAGCGAGUUCGCGGAGUGGGUGCGUUCUGA